AUGCAGAAACGUCAACAAGGCUAUAUACAACUUUCAACAUCGGCGGAAACGCCCACUCAAAAACCUUUAGUUAUAGAUCCUCAAACUGAACCUCAAGUCGGCGGAAGAAACAGAGUAAAAUCGAAACAACCUAAUAGAACAACAAAGACUUCCCAAAAAUUAAAACUUUUUCCAGAAGAACAAGCAGUUCCUAUUACUGUUGAUGAAGCGAGUGACGGAAAAUACGAUCAAGUUGGUCAACUUGCGCAGGGAACUGCUAGGAAGGAAGCCGAGAGACUUAGCAAACAAGAGCGACUUAAACUUCCCCGGGUUACUGCUUAUUGCACGGCAGCAACUUAUCGGUUGGACGAUUUAAUGAAAUAUCUCCAAAAUCGAAAAGUACGAAAUAGUACCGCACCGAAGCGUUUGGAUGAAUGCAUAUAUACUCCAUUUACCUUUCGUCCACCUAAACCACCAACUACUGCAGAUCUCUUAGGUCUUGAUGAUGUAGUUAUCCCAUCUCAAGAACAAUCAAUUUCCGAAGUUAUCUUUUUUGAUUAUGGCGUUGUUGUUAUCUGGGGUAUGAAAGAAGUUGAAGAAAAAAGUCUAUUACGGGAAUUAGUUGCCUUCGAGGACGAAAAGUUAUCUGAAGAGGAUGUUGAAACUGAAGAAUUUCAUUUUCAUUAUGCCGCUUCUUAUCAGCAAAGAAUCUAUAAUGAUGUGAUUACUCUUAAACAUCCUGGAAAUUAUAUGGUGAAAGUUACAAUAUCUCACGCGAUUGCACAAUCUGUCAAAAUGACCUUAUUUGAAGGAUUAAUAGAAGAUACGAUCGAGGCUACAAAACAUAUUCCAAUAACAAUGGCGGAAACGGGUAAAGUCUCUAUGUCAAGAACGGCCAUUACCAAGAAAAUAGGACAGUUGUUCAUAAUGCGAAUAAAUAUCAAUUUAGUUAGUAAUAUUUUAGAUACGCCUGAAAUUUUUUGGUCUGAACCUGCGUAUGAGCCGUUAUAUGGAGCUAUUAGGGGUUACCUUGAAAUUUCACAACGAGUCGAACUACUAAAUCAAAGAGUUGCUGUUAUAAGUGAUCUUUUAGAUAUGCUUAAAGAACAUUUAACAACUUCUCAUGGCGAACAGCUGGAAUGGAUAGUAAUUGUUCUUAUUGACGAUUCGCUGAUUAAUAUUAGUAUCAAGAAAAAGAUGAUUAGAAAAAAGACACGGAAUAUUCGUACUAAACCAGACAAUGAAGAAGAAGAAGUACCCGCCGAGAAAAUUGCAAAAAAAAAAGCCAAGAGUAAUAACAAAUCUGUUCUGAGUUUUGGGAACGAAGAGGAAGAGGAUGAAACCUUUCAGGUGACCAAAAGCUCAGCAAGUCGUCGACUGGCAAGAUCCAAAGCAAAGCAAUUGCUUUUAAAUCAGUUGACAACGAUAUCGUCAUCUCCUUCAUAUACUAAAGAGCAUUUAUUAGAAUUGCGUGCUAAUACGCCUAUCAUGCCAUUAUCAUUUCAAGUGCAAGAUAACGUUAUUGCAGAAAAAUUCCCUUCUACUCUAGGAUCAGGUCAAAUUUCGGGAAUACCUGAUGCAAAUGCCAUUCAUGCCGCUAAAAAAAGAAGAGAAAUGUUGCGACAAAAAAGUGCUUUCCUAGAUUAUAUUCCAUUAGACGAUAACCCAGAUGUUGAUCCAGUGUCAGAAAAGAAAAUAGAAUCGAGGCUUGUGCGUGAGGAUGAUGAGAUUGGAGAUGCAGAUGAGGAACUCGGACAAUAUGGUGAAGAAAAAUUACCGCUUGGUAAAAAGGCCGAAAGAGAGCAUCAGCGACUCAAAAAAGCUGGUAUAAAGGAGAUGUUGAUGGAAGU